AUGAGUGAUGAUGAUUUUUUUCAUAUCAAAAGUGAUUGUUCUUUACAAUAUAUUAAAUGCAAGACUAGUACAAAAAUAGAUGAUAUAUUAAAAAGAAGAAGGAAUCAAAAAAAAAAGCUUAAGGAUAGUAGUAAUUAUAAAAGUGAUGAAUUCUUAAGCUUAGACAACAGUGGAAUUGAGGACGAAUAUAUUUCAAAUGAUAACGAGAAAGUAUAUAAUGAGGAUGAUAUAAUAUAUUACAAUAAUAAUAAAGUUAAUAUAAGAGAAGGACAAACGUGUGAAAGUAUACAUAUGUUUAAUGGAAUCAAUAAAAAUAACAUCGACAUUAUAAAUGAUGAUAAUAUAAAAAAGGAUAAUAUAAAUAAUGACAAUAUAAAUAAUGACAAUGUAAAUAAUGACAAUGUAAAUAAUGACAAUGUAAAUAAUGACAAUAUUAACAAUGACAAUAUAAAUAAUGACAAUAUAAAUAAUGACAAUAUUAAUAAUGACAAUAUAAAUAAUGACAAUAUAAAUAAUGACAAUAUAAAUAAUGACAGUAUUAAUAAUCACAUUGUAAAUAAUGACAGUAUUAAUAAUGACAAUAUAAAUAAUAAUAAUUAUUAUAAACAAAUAUAUAAUUAUAAUAAGUCAGGAAACUUUAAUAAUUUUUCUAGAGGAUAUUUCUCGAACACUUAUGAAAAAGGUAAUACAUAUUUAUUAAAAAAUUCUUCUGAAGAAAUGUUAUAUAAUAAAGAUCAUAUAAGAAAAAGGUCGUUAAAUAAUUUAUGCUUUCAAUCAAAUUUAUUAAACAGAAGAAGUAAUAUAAAUACCUUUAACGAUUUAUCAUCUUUCGAAAAUACUAAGAAAUCUUCUUUAUAUGCUAAAUGUUCUGAUAUUUUACAAAAAUAUGAUUCAAAUAAAUUCAAUAGAAAAACGAAUGAAGAUAUUUAUACAAGACAAAAUAGAAGUAGUAUAAUAUAUCAAAAUAGUAGCAAAGAAUUUAUCCUUAAUAAAUUAAUAAGUAAUAAUGAUAGUAAAGAUGAAUUAUUUACUAAUUUAAAUAGAAUAUAUUCUAAUGAUAUCGAUUUAAAUAAAACUCCUUCCAAAAGUUUAUCUAAAGGAUAUAUCGAAUAUUUGAAAUAUGAAACAGCUGGGAAAAUGAAUUUGAGUGAAUUAGAAACUCCUCUAAAUAUGAAAGAAGAUGAGGGAAAUAAUACUCCGUUUAUAACAUACUUUUUAGCUGGGAAAACAGAAAGUAAAACAAUCAAUGAGGAAAGUAAUGAUGAUAAUAAAUAUGAUAAUAAAUAUGAUAAUAAAUAUGAUAAUAAUAAUAUUAAUAAUAAUAACAACAAUAAUAACAAUAAUAAUAACAAUAAUUAUAACAAUAAUUAUAACAAUAAUUAUAACAAUAAUAAUAACAAUAUAAUUGAUGCCCUGCUAAAUAGACACAUACACACAAAUAGUAAUAUAAAAAAUAAUGAAGGAAAUACAAAUAGUUCUCCUAUCCAUAUAAAUAAAGAACAUAAUAAAAGUGAGCAUAUUUAUAAUUCAAAGGUAUCAAGUACCGUUUUUGAAGAGUUAAAAAAUCUAUGUCAUGAAAAAGAGAAAAAGGUAAAUGAUGUAUCUUCUAGUCAUAUAAAUAAUCAAAAGACUACAUUACUCACGUCAUACAUAAAAGAACAAAAUAGUAAUAAUAAUCAGGAUAAUGUUAUGCCUUACAAUAGUUCAAAUACGCUUUUUGAUAAAAUUAAAAAUUCACAAAAAUUCAGCUUUAUUAAAACAGAAGAAGAAUAUAUUAAUAUGCUAAAAAAUGAUGAAAAGGAUAAUGUUCCUAUAAAUGCAUUAAAUAAAAAUAGUAAUAAUAAUAAUAAUAGAAUAUGUUCUUCAAAUAAUAAUGUCAGCUUUGCAGAUAAUAUUUUUUCAAAUAACAAAUCUUAUAUUGAUAAUACAAAGAUGUAUUCUGAAGAUUAUAUUAAUCUAGAAAAACAAAAGAGUGAGAUUUUCUUACAAGAUCAAGAAAAAGGAAAUAUAAUGAACCAUGUAAAGAAAAAAGAAAGCAUACCAAAUAAAAUUAAUGAUGACAUAGUAAAAAGUGAUUAUCAAAAUGUUAUUCCAAAUAAUUAUGAACAUUUGAUAUCAUCAAUUAGUAAGAAAGAAAAUGAAAACAAGCAAAAUAAAUAUAUGGACAAUGAUAAUAUGGGAAAUAAUAUAUUACAUUCUGAAAAUUUUACUGACAUAAGAAAAGAUAAACAUUCAACUUAUCAUAAUAAUACAUGUGAUAAUAUUGUCAAUAGAGAAAAUAAUAAUGAUAUAAUUCUUCAUAAUAAUUAUAAUAGGGUACUGAAUGAAGAGAAUAUUCCACAAAUAUAUUUUAAUAAUCAUCCAUUUAUUAAUGUCAAUAUGAAGAGAAGUAUGUCAUUAUGUAAUUUGAAGGAUACACAAAAGGAUGACUUAAAAUAUGAUGAUCUUAUACAAAAUGUGAAUAAUCAUCAUAUAUAUGAUAUGUAUAUUAAUCAAAAAAAAAAUAUAAAAGGAAAUUCCGAUAUCCUUUUUGAUCAUACAAAGGGUAUGUUAUUGGAGAAUAUUAAGGAAAAUGGGUCUUAUAUUGGUACACCCACAACAGGGCAACAACUUAAUCCUAAAAAUAAUAAUGAUAUAAAUAAUAUAUACAGUAAUAAUAAUAUAUGUGAAUAUAGAAAAUGUACUAGUAAUAUACAGAACAGUAUAGAUUAUAAUGAUCAGCAUAAAUUUAAUUAUGUCGAUAUGGGUCAGUUGAAUUAUAAUCCAACAAGUAAAAAUAAUAUGAAAUCUACGAAUAAAGAAAAUGAUACUAAUAAAAUAAAUAUAGAUAUAAAUAAUAAUGAUGAUAAUAAGAAAAGUUGUGAUGAUAUUUAUUAUGUGAAUGAAAUGAAGAAAUGUAACAUUUCGGAUAAUAAUCAAAUGAAUAACUCUCAAAUGUUAGAUUUUCCAAGUUGUAAUAUAAACGUAAAAAAUAACAAUAAUUUAUAUGACAAUAAUUUAUAUGACAAUAAUUUAUAUGACAAUAAAUUAUAUGACAAUAAAUUAUAUGACAAUAAAUUAUAUGACAAUAAAUUAUAUGACAAUAAAUUAUAUGACAAUAAAUUAUAUGACAAUAAAUUAUAUGACAAUAAUUUAUAUAAAAAUAAUUUAUAUGACAAUAAUGGUAGUGGUGUAAUAUUAAGUCAUAAUGUUUUAUCAAAAAAUAAUAAUAGUAAUAAUCAAGAGAAUUAUGAAAAUUAUAAGAAAAUAAAUGGAAAAAAAAAAAAUAUAUAUAUAGAUAUGUAUGACGUACAAAAAGAGAAUUUAAAUGAGGGAAACAAAGUAGCAGAAAAAUUAAUUUUAUCAACAUUAAAUAAAAAUAUUAAUCAUAAAUUAAGUGAAACUGCAGAUUUUGGAUACAAAGAAAAUGAUCUUAUGAAUGAAUCAAAAAAUGGUGAUAAUACAAUCAAAAUUGUAAAUAGUAAUUUAUAUAAUGAUAAUGACUGUUCGUUAAUUAAUGACAUAAAUUUGAAACAAUAUUGGACGGACUAUAUUAUGAAUAAUAUGAAUAAUGUGAAUAAUAUGAAUAAUGUGAAUAAUAUGAAUAAUGUGAAUAAUAUGAAUAAUGUGAAUAAUAUGAAUAAUGUGAAUAAUAUGAAUAAUGUGAAAAAUAUGAAUAAUAUGAAUAAUACAAAUAAUGUGAAUAAUACAAAUAAUGUGAAUAAUACAAAUAAUGUGAAUAAUACAAAUAAUGUGAAUAAUACAAAUAAUGUGAAUAAUACAAAUAAUGUGAAUAAUACAAAUAAUGUGAAUAACAUGAAUAAUGUGAAUAAUAUUAAAAAUAAUGAUAAUAAACUUCAGAGUGUUAUGUCCUUUAAUACAUUUUGUAAAGAUAUGAAGGAUGAAAAUUUUUUCAAUCAGUUUCUAAGAGAACACAUAAAAAAUAGUAUCAAUAAUGUUGUUGAAGAAAUAUUGAAUGAUAAACAGAAUGAAAUUUUAAAAAAUAAAAUUAUAAUAAGCGAUAUAAAUAAUAAAGAAGUAUAUAACAAAGAUAAUGAAAAUAAUAAUAAUUUAUCUGUUAAGCAUUAUGAAAAAGGUAUACCUAUCCAUAAUAAUUAUAAUAUAAAUAAUGAUCCCAUAAUUAAAGAAGACAAAAUAAUUAGCUCCGAAAAUAGCACUAAAUUAGAGGAUAAUGGAAUAAUACAUAAAAAUGUUACAAGUUCAACAUAUAAUAAUGGGACGAAUAAUACAAAUAUAAGUCAAAUGAAAGAAGAAAAUAUAACAAAUAAUGAUAUUAUUUGUAAUGAUGAAAAUAUUUAUAAUGAUGAAAAUAUUUGUAAUGAUGAAAAUAUUUGUAAUGAUGAAAAUAUUUAUUGUAAUAAUAAAAAACAACAUAAAGAUGAGAAAUCAUUCAACCAUUCAUGUAGCGAUAUACAGUUUAAUCAAGAUGACUUUCAAGAAAUACAAAAAUUAAAUAAUCUUCUAAAGUCUAGGAAAGUAAAUAAACUUAUACAAAUUAAAAAAGAUGAUAUAAAUAUAAAAAAAGUAUCCUGGAAAAAUAUAUCAUAUAAUUGUAUUGACAUCAUAUAUUAUCUAAUACAUGAAAAUAAUAAAAAGAACAAUAAAAUGAAUGCUCUUAUAAAUGAUAUAAAUAAUAUUCAUGAAUAUGAAAAAAAAAUAGAAUAUUUAAAUAAAGAAAAUGAAAAAUUAAAAAUAGAAAUGAAACAAAAAAAUGAUAAUGAAAAAAAAAAAGAACUUAAAGAAAAAGCCAACUUAAAUAAUAAAAUAUUAGAACAAUCCAAAAAAAUUACCAACUUUGAAAAAGAUAUAUAUAUAUACAAAAAUAAAUUAAAUAAACUGAAUAAUAAAGUAAUAAAUAAAGAUAUAGAGAUUAAUAAAUUAAAAAAACAAUAUCAAAUUAUAUUAGAAGAAAUAGAAAAUUGUAAAAAUGAUGCAAAUAUAGUAUUAAAAAAAGUAUUAAAUAAAAAGAAUACGAAUUUAAUUGAUAAACAAUGUUUAGAUAUAUCCAAAUAUUACCAAAUAUUAAUCAAUUCAUUAAAUGAUGAAAUUAAAAAUUUAAAACAUCUUAUUAAAAGUGAAGCUAAGGAUAAAAUAAUCUUAAAAAAAAAAAUUAGUCAAUUAACACAAUCCAAUCAAAAUGAAUCUAAUAAAAAUUCUUAUAUAGAAAAAAAUAAGACAGAUAAUAAAUGUACGAAUGAUAAUAAUAUCAGUCAAUAUACAAAUGAUGAUGAACAUAUAAAUGAUAUAGAUAAUAAUAGUUAUGCAAAUAAUAGUAAUAUUCAAAAAAAUAUAGUAUAUAGCAAUUCCUCAUACAAUAGUAAUAUUAUUAAAAAGGAUAUAAAUAAAAGUAGUAGUUGUAGUAAUAAUUAUAAUAAUAAUACUUGUAGUAUUAGUAGUAGUAGUUGUUGUAGAGAUAUAUAUAGUCAUUCUUUAAAAGAAGAAAAGAAAUAUAAAAGAAUGUAUGAAGAUUUAAUUAAACAAAUGAAUGAUAUUAAAAAAGAUCAUGAAAAUGAAAAAAUUAUAUAUAAUAAAAAAAUAGAACAAUUAGCAAAACAUCAAGAAAUGCAAAAUAUCAAAAAUCAAUUAGAUACAUCAGAAAAAAUUGUAGAAGUAUAUCAACAUAUAUUUAAAGAAAAUAUAAAUAACAUAAGAAAUGAUAAUAUACAUAGUACACAAAAUAAUGAACUAAAAAGUAUGGAUUAUUACAAUCUUAAAAAUAAUAUUUAUAAUAAACCUACUUCUUUAACUUAUAUAAAUGAUAAUAAAAAUGGUAGUAACGAAGCAACAAAUAAAAUUAAUUCUGGUCAUAUCUUUAAUUCAAACAUAAAUCACUCAAAUAUAUUUAAUAAUAACCAUAAUAAUUAUGAUAUAUGUAAUCAAGACAACAACGUGAUAAGUCAUAUUUUAUCAAAUGGGGAUAUUAUAAAACAAGAUAAAAAUUAUACUUUAAAAGAUACCAAAUUAAUUAAUGUUCUACCUAAUAGCAUAUGUAAUAAAAAUUUUAUGGAAGGUAUAAACAGACAAUCACAAAAUAAUUAUCUUAACCAAUUUCUUGAAUUGUACAUCAAAAAUAAUUCCAUAAAUAAUGAGGACUUCAAUAUUUAUAUGAAGAAUUUAAACAAACAGAAGCAAAAUGAAGAAAUAAAAGAAAUAAAACAAAAUGUACAAGAGUCAAAUAUAUUAUUUGAAGACAAUAAUUUAAAUAAUAAAUUACAAAAUGAACAUAACAAAAAACAUUUAUUAAACACUCUAAUGAAAUAUAACAAAAUAGAUCUAAUUAAUAUAUUUGUAGAUAUCUGUAACCACCUAAAAACUGAUAAUAUAUCAAUAGUAAUACAAUUUAUUAAAUUCAUGUCUUUUAUUGUUUAUGAACAGUUUCCUUUAUUUACUUCCUUUUAUUAUACCCUUACUUCAUUAAUAUCAUUGGAUAAUGUUAAAUUUGACGAAUAUAUUAACCUUAUCAAAAAAUGGAAAUCAUUUUAUACAAGUGGACAAAAAUAUUAUUUAUUCAGAAGGAAGGUACUUUUAAUUUUUCAAUCUGAUCUAAAAGAUAUAGAAAAAUCUCAAAUAGACAAAACAUGCUUAGAUCUUAUUCAAAAUAAUUAUGAUCAAAACAAGGAACUAUCUACUUAUACAGACGGUUCUUUUGAAAAGGCAGAAUAUAUUCUAAACAAACAUUCCAAAGAAAUUAUCAGUAAAAUUAUUAAGACUUAUAUGAACAUAUAUAAUAUUGAUAAGAUCAACAAUAUUAUAGGGCAUAUGAACUCAUUAAAUUCAAAAAUAAAAACGCAAUCAUAUUUCAUUAGAUCUAUAUCGUCUUGUCUAAAUUUAAACAAAGUUGAUAAUUUUCAAGAGAUUGAAAAAAAGGUAAAAGAAUUGAUCACCACAAGAGAAAUUGGAGAAAAAAUAAAGAACAAAAUUAAAAUAGAAGACAUUGAUGAAUAUUUAGCCGCCUUUACAAUUAUGGGCACCUUGAAAAAAUAUUUAAAUAUUACUCAUACGAAAGAUCUUUUACCUUCUAUAUCAAAAAUUAUUCAAAAGAAUAAAUGUUCUUCAUAG